AUGGACGAGUGUGCGAAAUUCAAUGAGUUGCGCGAGUGUAAUUGUCUGAGAAGUGAAAGUGUACAACCUAGCCAAGCACCAGAUUGGACAACAAUACCACCAACUGUAGCAGGUGGUGAUGCCACCACAGCAGCAGCGGUUGGUGAUGCAGCUACAACAGCAACAGGUGAAGAUGCAACCACAGCAGCAGUAGCAAUUGGUGAUGCAACAACAGCAGCAGCAAGUAGUGACACCACCACAGCAGCAGCAGGUGGUGAUGCAACAACAGCAGCAUCAGGAGCAGCAGGUGGUGAUGCAACUACGGCAGCAAUAGAUGGUGAAGCAACAACAGCAGCAGCAGGUGGUGAUGCAACCACAGGUGGAGCAGGUAGUGAUGCAACAAUAACAACAGCAGCAGGUAGUGAUGCAACGACACCUGCAGCAGUUGGUGACGUCUCAACAGCAGCAGCAAAUGGUGAUGCAACUACAGCAGCAUCAGUUGGUGAUGGCACCACAGCAGCAGCAGGUGGUGAGGCAACUACAGCAGCAGCAGGUGGUGAUGCUUCGACAGCAGAAGGUGGUGAUGCAACAACAGCAGCAUCAGGAGGUGAUGCCACCACAGCAGCAGUAGUUGGUGAUGCUUCGACAGCAGCGGAAGGUGGUGAUGCCACAACAGCAGCAUCAGGUGGUGAUGCAACUACAGCAGCAGUAGUUGGUGAUUUAACGACAGCAGCAGCAGGUGAUGACACCACCAAAGCAUCUGCAGGUGGUGAUGCUUCGACAUCAUCAGCAGGUGGUGAUGCUUCGACAGCAGCAGCAGGUGGUGAUGCCUCGACAGCAGAAGCAGGUGGUGAGUCCACCACAGCAGCAGCAGGUGGUGAUGCAACUACAGCAGCAGCAGUUGGUGAUGCAACGACAGCAGCAGCAGGUGGUGAUGCAACAACAGAAAGUCUACAACCUAGCCAUGCUACGGAUUCAACAACAGUACCACCAACAGUAGCAGGUGGUGACACCACCACAGCAGCAGCAGUUGGUGAUGCGACGACAGCAGCUGUAGGUGAUGCAACAACAGCACCAGCAAGUGGUGACGCCACCACAGCAGCAGCAAGUGGUGAUGCAACUACCGCAGCAACAAGUUAUGGUGCAACAACAGCAGCAGCAGGUGGUGAUGCUUCGACAGCAGUUGUAGGUUAUGCAACAACAGCAGCAGCAGGUGGUGAUACAACACCAGCAGCAGCAGGAAGUGAUGCAACUACAGGAGCAGCAGUUGGUGAUGCUUCGACAGCAGUAGCAGGUGGUGACUCCACCACAGCAGCAGCUGGUGGUGGUGCAACUACGACAACAACAGGUGGUGAGGCAACUACAGCAACAGAAGGUGGUGAUGCAACAACAGAAGCAGCAAGUGGUGACACCACCACAGCAGCAGCAAGUGGUGAUGCAACUACCGCAGCAACAAGUUAUAAGGCAACAACAGCAGCAGCAGGCCGCGAUGCAACAACAGCAGCAGCAGGAAGUGAUGCAACUACAGCAGCAGCUGCAGUUGGUGAUGCAACGACAGCAGCAGCGGGUGGUGACACCACCACAUCACCAACGGGUGGUGAGGCAACUAGAACAGCAGGAGGUCAUGAUGCUUCGACAGCAGUAGCAGGUGGCGACUCCACCACAGCAGCAGGGAGUGGUGAUGCAACUACGACAACAACAGGUGGUGAGGCAACUACAGCAACAGCAGGUGGUGAAGAAACAACAGCAGAAACACGUUAUGGUGCAACAACAGCAGCAGCAGGUGGUGAUGCAACAACAGCAGCAGCAGGAAGUGAUGCAACUACAGCAGCAGCAGUUGAGGAUGCAACGACAGCAGCAGUAGGUGGUGAUGCCACCACAGUAGCAGCAGGUAGUGAUGAAACUACGACAACAACAGGUGGUGAGGCAACUACAGCAACAGCAGGUGGUGAUGCAACAACAGCAGCAGCAAGCGGUGACGCCACGACAGCAGCAGCAAGUGGUGAUGCAACUACGACAACAACAGGUGGUGAGGCAACAACAGCAGCAGCAAGUGGUGACGCUACCACAGCAGCAGCAAGUGGUGAUGAAACUUCCGCAGCAACAAGUUAUGGUGCAACAACAGCAGCAGCAGGUGGUGAUGCAACAACAGCAGCAGCAGGAAGUGAUGCAACUACAGCAGCAGCAGGAAGUGAUGCAACUACAGCAGCAGCAGUUGGUGAUGCAACCACAGAUGCAGCAGGUGGUGACACCACCACAUCAGCAACGGGUGGUGAGGCAACUACAGCAGCAGGUGGUCAUGAUGCCUCGACAGCAGUAGCAGGUGGCGAUUCCACCACAGCAGCAGCGGGUGGUGAUGCAACUACGACAACAACAGGUGGUGAGGCAACUACAGCAACAACAGCAGCAGCAAGUGGUGACACAACCACAGCAGCAGCAGGUGGUGAUGCAACAACAGCAGCAGCAGGAAGUGAUGCAACUACAGCAGCAGCAGUUGGUGAUGCAACGACAGCAGCAGGAGGUGGUGACGCCACCACAGCAGCAGCAGGUGGUGAUGAUGCAACUACGACAACAACAGGUGGUGAGGCAACUACAGCAACAGCAGGUGGUGAUGCAACAACUGCAGCAGCAAGUGGUGACACCACCACAGCAGCAGCAGGUGGUGAUGCAACUACCGCAGCAACAAGUUAUGGUGCAACAACAGCAGCAGCAGGUGGUGAUGCAACAACAGCAGCAGCAGGAAGUGAUGCAACUACAGCAGCAGCAGUUGGUGAUGCAACGACAGCAGCAGUAGGUGGUGAGGCAACUACAGCAACAGCAGGUGGUUAUGCAACAACAGCAGCAGCAAGUGGUGACGCCACCACAGCAGCAGCAAGUGGUAAUGCAACUACCGCAGCAACAAGUUAUGGUGCAACAACAGCAGCAGCAGGUGGUGAUGCAACAACAGCAGCAGCAGGAAGUGAUGCAACUACAGCAGCAGCAGUUGGUGAUGCAACGACAACAGCAGCAGGUGGUGACAUCACCACAGCAGCAGUGGGUGGUAAGGCAACUACAACAUUGGGUGAUGCAACAACAGCAGCAGUAGGUGGUGAAGCCACCACAGCAGCAGCAGGUGGUGAUGCAACAACAUUAGCAGCAGGUGGUGAUGCAACUACUACAGGUGGGUUUGACACUACCAAAGCAGCAGCAGGUGGUGAUGCAACUACUACAGCAGCAGGUGGUGAGGGAACUUCGGUAGCAGCAGGUGCAUCUUCAACAGAAAGUCUAAAACCUACCCAAACACUGGAUUCGACAGCAGUACCACCAACAGCAGCAGGUGGUGACGCCACCACAGCAGCAGCAAGUGGUGAGGCAACUACGGCAGCAACAGGUGAUGAGGCAACUACGGCAGCAGCAGGUGGUGAUGCAACGACAUCAGCAACAGGUGGUGACGCCACCACAGCAGCAGCAGAUGAUGAGGCAACUACAGCAGCAGCAGAUGGUGAGGCAACUACAACAGCCGGUGGGAGGAAAACCUUCUUCCUGUAUCCUGUUUGA